GAGGGCUUAUUUUUAUUGUAAUUUUUUAUAAUUAUAAUAAUGUGCCAUGGAUGAACAGAUUGCUGAGGAACAUUUUACUUAUGCCAUCAUUGGUGGAGGAAUUGCUGGAGUAACUUGUGCAGAACAUCUGGAGAUCCUUGACGGAGAACACCGCACCGCACUAAUCUCCGGUUCUGACCUAAUCAAGGCUGUCACCAAUGUACUCCAUCUUACUAAGUCAGUUGAUGUUUUUGAUGUGGAAGACAAGCAUCACUCAUACUUACAACAACUCUGCCCUUCAGUCACUGUUAAACCUUUCACAGUCCGCACCAUUCAGCCUAAAAAAAAGCGCAUCCUCUUGAGUUCCGGAGCAUGCAUCACUUAUGAUAAACUCUGCGUGUGUACUGGAGCUUCUCCCAAGCAGCUGCUCCCUGAGCACAAGCAUGUACUGUACAUCAGAGACACGGAGUCUGUGCAAAAGUUUCAACAGAGAAUAAGAAAUGCGGACCGCAUGGUUGUGGUUGGCAAUGGAGGCAUUGCCACUGAGAUGAUUUAUGAAAUAUCUGGUGUGGAGAUCAUCUGGGCUGUGAAGGAUGCCUGGUUCACAGCAGCCUAUAUUGACCCUGGAGCUGCUGAAUUCUUCAGACCUUGUCUAACCAAAGACAAAAAUCCUACAGAAGUGCCUCUUGUUAAGCGGAAAAAGUACACUAUUGAUAAUCUAGAAACGACAGAGAGUGGCAGCAGAGAGGUAGCAGGUGGAGCGCUAGGUCCUGACUGGCAUGAAGGGCUGGAUGUAGCUGGUGCACUGCAACGCCGGACAGUGCAGCUGGUCACGAAGGUGGAGGUGGUGGGUCUCCAUGAGCCCCAAGACCUGCACCAAGACCCUCAGCUUCUUGCCAAACUCACACUCGGCCUGAAGAAGUCAAGUGAUGGCAAGGAGCAGCCCUGGCCUGUGUACGUGGAGCUCAGCAACGGACUCGUCUACGGCUGCGACUUUGUCGUGUCCGCUGUUGGCGUCACUCCUAACACCAGCCUCCUGAGUGCUGGUGACGGGUUCACGCUGGGGGCGGACGGUGGCGUGUGUGUAGGCGACCGCAUGGACACGGCCGUGCCUGACGUGUACGCUGCUGGCGACGUGUGCACUGCAGCCUGGCCCUGGGCACAGCACUGGCACCAGAUGCGGCUAUGGACGCAGGCCCGACAGAUGGGUUCGUACGCCGCCAAGUGCAUGUGGGCGUCCGUAACUCAGCAGCAGAUAUACCAGGACUUCUGCUUCGAGCUCUUCACGCACGCGACACGCUUCUUCGGCCAUAAGGUGGUCAUGCUGGGGCUCUACAACGGACAGAAACUGGACAGCAAAUACGACAUUCUGCUCAGGAUGACGCCCGGGUUGGAGUACGUGAAGGUGGUGCUGAAGGAAGGCAGGAUGCAGGGCGCCCUCCUGAUAGGGGACACGGACCUCGAGGAGACCUUCGAGAACCUCAUCCUCAACCAGAUGGACCUGAGCGCUUAUGGGGAGGACCUGCUCGAUCCUGAUGUCGAUAUCGAGGACUACUUCGACUGAAUUAUUCAGACGUUUGCGAUGUAUUAUUCAGAUAUGUUGGAUGAAUUAUUCAGACAUUUUGGAUAAGAUUUCAUCGAUCCUGACGUUGAUAUCGAGGAUUACUUCGACUGAAUUUUUUCAGACACUUACGGUCCCGUCCUUUGAUUAAGAGUUGACACGACAGAGUAUAUUCUUACUCGGAAGAAUCACUUGAUUAUUGAUUAUAAAUUUAUUAUUAUGCAAUGUAUUAAGCAUAAAAACUAAAGAAAGCUUGGUUUACAUUUCCACUUAUCACCUCUAGUCCUCGUUGGGACGACAAAUGUGUCGUCUUAGGGUAUAUAUUUGUUUCUAUUCCUGUCCAUACUAUCCCUCCUUUUCUGUCGCUGUUCACCUGCCCCUUCCGCGUUUCUGUUGCUGUUCCAUAAUCGUGUCUGUUCACUUUUCCCUUAAUCUCUUCCCUUUUUCCUAAAUCUUUUCCCCUUUUCCAUAAAUUUUUCCCUAAAUAUUUCCCCUUUUCCCUAAAAUUACUUCUCCCCUUUUCCACCUUGCAUCCCCUGGUGUGAUUUGAUUGUUUAUUGAUUAACCAAAGUGUGAUGAUGGUGAAAGUGUAAUGAAAGUAAGGAAAUUGUGGUAAUGAUGACGAAAAUGUGAUGAUGGUGAAGCAAGUGUGAUGAUGGUGACGAAAGUGUGAUUAUAUUGAUGAUUAUUUUGUACUAUCGUCUGCGCGAUAGCUCCAUGGCUGGGCGGUAGUAAACCCUGUUCUUA